GCGCAUGCCCGACGCUUUUGACGUUGAUCCUGCUGGGUGAUCCCAACUUCCGGUGAAAGAGGAGAAGUGUUUCACACGGUUACUCUCACAAGGCCUGUCGUUACUCACCCGCAGGUACUUGACGGGGUUUCGGUAGAAGCCAUGGCCCUGUGAUCACCAUCGGGAAAUCUAAUUCACUUUGUAAAGAUACUAGGCGACUUGUCUAUUGGUGCCGACUUGACCAAACGCAACAUCGUCAGAGCCACAGGUUUAAACGUUAGCUAGGAGGCUAGCUACAGACGCAGCUAGCUAUUCGCCAACCAAGCACCUUUAAAUUAGACUCUGGUGUCUGUUUCAAGAUGUCAACGGCGGGGUUCAACUCUCAGAAUGGGACGGGGACAGGACAGGCAUACGCCAAUGGUCCAUCACAGAAUCCAGUCGCCCUGCAGCAGCUGCCUGGGGUCAACUAUGGCAUGACUCACCAACCCACCUACAAUCCAAUGCAGGCCAAAGUUCCCGCACCCCCUGGCCCUGGACUGUAUCCCACUGGGCCAUACCAGCCUGUCCCCCCAGUCAGCUCUUACCAGUCUGGCCUACUACCUGCUUCCUACCCAUCUCCCCCAGGCCAGCAACUGUUAACCAGACCUCCAAUGGCAGGUCCGCCAUCCCAUACUCCUCCCCAGUCUGCCAGCCCAGGCCCUGGUCCAAGGCUGCCCCCUGCACAGGCCACACCUCCUCCACCUGCUGUGUCAUCUAGUAGCUACUACCAAACCCCUCAGCAGCCACAGCCCAUGGCCCCAACAUGGAAUUACAACACAGCUCCUCCACCAAUGGGGCCACCUUCUUCAAUGAACACACCUCCUCGCGGCCUUGCAGCUAAUCACGUGAGCCCUGCUACAAGCUCAAUAGCACCACCACCUCCAAUGUCAUCAGCAGCUUAUAGCUCGGCACCACCAGCCCAUGUGUCUCACAGUACCACUCAGCCCCCAGGUCCUGGGAUGCCCCCCACAUCUCUGCAUGGAUACAUCCAGCCAGGCACUGCUCCUCCACCCAUGAACCCCAUGGCUCCUCAAACAUACCAACCAAACAGAGUUCCCUAUAGCACCCCACCUACAGGCCCACCAACAAUGAAACCUGCACCACCUCCCACUGGACCCCCAAUGGCAAACGCCACUUCUCCUCCCCCAGAUGGAACUGUGACUGACAAUGGCCCACAAGCACCAAACAGCUACAAUCAUGUUGACAACAAACUGGCUGGCCCACCCCAGCCUGGAUCACCUGGUCGGCACUUGGGCCACUACCCCUCUCUCCCCCCUGGGUACCAGAACACAUCGGCCCCCCAUAAUGCUGCACCACCCAUGCAUCCUGCAAUGCAGGCCGCCACACAGCCUUACACUCAAACACCUCAGCCAUACCAGCAGCCACCUGUUGGCCCAGGGCCGGCCCAGCUGAGCCCGUCCCUGGCGGCCAUGAGCCUCCAGUCCAGCACCCCAGAAGCCCUGAGAGUGGUCAACCUGCUGCAGGAGAGGAACCUGCUGCCACCAAGCCCCAUCCCUGCCCCAACACCCUGCCUUCCACAAGACCUACAGAAGAUUAACUGCAACCCAGAAGUUUUCCGUUGUACACUAACCAGCAUCCCACAGACCCAGUCUCUGCUCAAUAAAGCCAAGAUGCCUAUGGGCCUGCUGCUGCACCCAUUCAAAGACCUCUCGCAGCUUCCUGUGGUGACAUCCAGCACCAUCGUCAGGUGUCGAUCCUGCAGAACAUACAUCAAUCCCUUUGUCUCCUUCCUGGACCAGAGGAGGUGGAAGUGUAACCUGUGCUACCGGGUUAAUGAUGUUCCAGAGGAGUUUAUGUACAACCCAGUCAGCAGAUCAUACGGAGAGCCACACAAAAGACCAGAAGUCCAGAACGCCACCAUCGAAUUUAUUGCUCCUUCAGAAUACAUGCUGAGGCCACCGCAGCCUGCUGUUUACCUCUUUGUUCUGGAUGUAUCCCACAAUGCAGUGGAGACGGGCUACCUGAAUGUGUUCUGUCAGUCAUUGCUCGACAACAUUAAUGCGCUUCCUGGAGACUCGCGGACAAAGGUAGGCUUCAUCACCUUUGACAGUACCAUCCACUUCUACAACCUCCAGGAGGGACUUUCCCAGCCGCAGAUGCUCAUCGUUUCCGACAUUGAAGAUAUCUUUUUACCAACACCAGACAGCCUUCUAGUAAACCUCAAUGAAUGCAAAGAGCUUGUGCAAGAUCUGCUUAAGAGCCUACCAACUUUAUUUGAGAAGACCAUGGAGACCCAGUCUGCGCUGGGUUCAGCUCUGCAAGCAGCCUUCAAGUUGCUGUCGCCAACCGGAGGGCGAUUGUCUGUGUUCCAGACUCAGCUGCCUAACCUCGGUGCAGGGGCGCUCCAGUCCAGAGAGGACCCCAACCAGCGGGCAUCUGCCAAGGACAUCCAGCACUUAUCCCCAGCAACAGACUUCUACAAGAAGCUGGCUCUGGACUGCUCCGGCCAGCAGGUGGCGGUGGAUCUGUUCCUGCUCAGCUCUCAGUACUGCGACCUGGCAUCUCUUGGCUGCAUAUCCAGAUACUCUGCAGGAAGCAUUUACUACUACCCCUCGUACCACCACCAGCACAACCCUGCUCAGGUGGAGUGUUUCCAGAAGGAUCUGAAGAGAUACUUAACCAGGAAGAUCGGCUUUGAGGCCGUCAUGAGGAUACGCUGCACGAAAGGUCUCUCCAUCCACACGUUCCAUGGAAACUUCUUUGUGCGAUCUACAGACCUGCUAUCCCUGCCCAACGUGAACCCUGAUGCUGGCUUUGCAGUUCAGAUGUCCAUUGAGGAAAACUUGGAUGACAUGCAGGUUGUCUCCUUCCAGGCUGCCCUGUUGUACACAUCCAGCAAAGGAGAGAGAAGGAUCCGUGUCCACACUCUGUGUCUACCUGUGGUCAAUUCUCUGUCAGACAUCUUUGCCGGGGCUGACGUUCAAGCCAUCAGCGGACUGCUGGCAUGCAUGGCCGUGGACCGCUCUGUGACAGCAAGUCUGAGUGACGCCAGAGACGCCAUGACCAACGCUUCCAUUGACUCUCUGUCGUCAUACCGACAGUCUGUGUUGACAAUCCAGCAGCCCGGUUUGCUGGCGCCGGUCUGCCUUAGACUCUUCCCCCUCUACAUCCUCGCCCUGCUCAAACAGAAAGCCUUCAGGACGGGCACCAGCACCAGGCUCGAUGACCGCGUGUUUGCAAUGUGUCAGCUGAAAUACCAGCCACUGGCCUACGCCAUGCUGAUGAUCCACCCUGCUCUGUACCGCAUCGAUGAUCUGACAGACGAGGGAGCUCUGAACAUCAACGAGCGGACCAUCCCUCAGCCCAGGCUGCUGCAGCUGUCCGUAGAGAAGCUGAGCAGGGAAGCUGCUUUCCUCAUGGAUGCUGGAACAGUGAUGUAUUUAUGGAUUGGACGAAACUGCAACCCCACCUUCCUCACACAAGUCCUGGGAGUUCCCAGCUACACUGCUGUGCCUGAUAACCUGUAUCUGCUCCCAGAGCUGGACACUGCCGAGUCACAGAGAACCAGAGCUUUCAUUGGCUGGCUGAGGGAUCAGAAGCCAUUCUUCCCCUCCCUGCAAAUCAUUAGGGACGAGAGUCAACGGAAAGCCAGCUUUAUGCAGAACAUGAUCGAGGACCGAACAGAGUCGGCCCUGUCCUACUACGAGUUCCUGCUUCACAUCCAACAGCAAAUCUCCAAAUAACCUUCAGUGGAACUGUGCAAAGAAGGGGACACUGAAGUGAGGACGUGCAUUGGUUUGUGUGGCCUGUACGUAUGUAUGAAUGUUGUGUGAAAGCAGUGGGAGACAGGCUGAAGGAUGCCUCUUGCUCAGUCUUCAGCGGGGGGGCACCAUGUCUGAGCCGAACUGAUGCCACGAGUCACCCAAAAUAAACGCUGUGAUGGACAGUCCAAGACAAACUGUCAAAGAAUCCACUCUGAUGCUUACUCAUCUCUUUUUACCCCAUCCAAACAACACAUCUGAAGACAGCAAAAACAAAAAACCCAUGAUGAUGAAGAGGAGGAUGAUGAUUAUAUUGUCAAUGAUGGAAUGAAUCAGUGUUUAUUCUCAUAGAACAAUGCUAUCUUACUGAGGUAUGGUUCAGAUACUGUUCAGGCUAACAGAUGUAUGAUGUGUUGUUUUGUUCAAAAAGCACGGUCGUGUGUGCGUGUGUGUGUGUGCAUGUGUGUGUGCGUGCGUGCGUGCGUGCGUGCGCGUGUGUGCGCGUGUGUGUGUGUGCGCGCGUGUGUGUGUGUGUGUGUGUGUGUGUGUGUGUGUGUGUGUGUGUGUGUGUGUGUGUGUGUGUGUGUGUGUGUGUGUGUGUGUGUGUGUGUGUGUGUGUGUGUGAGAAUAGGUCUAUGAGGAUGUUUAAUACGUUUGUGCUCAAAGACUGUUAGUGGGUGUCACCAGGAGUAUUUGUACACAGAACACCUGAGCUCUAACAACACUCUGUUGUCCCUGAAUGACAGAACAUGUGCUUUUUUAUUUCUCAGUCAUUAUAAUUGUGUGUCGAACAAAUCCGUAAACUCUGUCCCCAAAAGGCCGAAAUGUUAAAGUGGUUUGAAGGUGGAUCUACCUUGCCGUCGUCACUGCCUUGAAUGUGUGGAUUCAGCCGCGGGAUGUUGUUUCCAUUAGUCUGAUCUGUCCUUUCAAACUCUCAUCUCUUCAGAACUUCUCUGAUGACGUCCCUGUUCUGUCCGUUUGUUUCCUUUCUUUUCUUUCUGAUAAUUAAUAAUUUAUGAGACUCCCAAUCUGAUUAAAUUCUAUAAUUGCCUUGUUUGGGAACUCACUUUUUAUUAUUAAACCUCUGUUCAAAUACAGACUCUAUAUAUGAAAUAUUUUAAUAUAAUAGGAUAUGGGAAAUUCUUUAACAGACAUAACAAAGCCAUUGUGAUCUUUUAAUCAUGCUUAUUGAUACUUGUAUAUUGAAAAGACUGCAUUAUAUAAAGGUGAAGACAUGCUGAUGAUUUUAGUAUAAACGUUAAGGUGAAAUGACGCUAAGAAAAUAAAAUGUUUGGGACUUUUUAAAUGUAGUUUUGUGUUUUGGUGGAUGAACAGCGGCUGAUUUUUCAAUGAAAAAGAAGACUUCAAAGAGAAUACGGACAGUUAAAGUCAAUGUUUCCUCCUGACUGGGCUGAAAAUAAUGACGGAAAAUUUGCUCUGAUUUCAUACAGUUUGUAAUCUAUGUAAAAUAUAAAGAAGAUGUACUUAAGAA